AUGUCAAUCCCUAAAAGUUACAAAGUCCUCGACGCUGCUUAUCGCCGUCUCCGAGUUGCAAACGAACGGCUCCGGGAGGAUUGGUCCGAGUACUGCCGCUUGAGGACCCUUGGGUGGACGGUCAGGUGUCGCGAGGAAGAUGAGGAAGAUGACUCACCACUGCUCGCCUGGUACAGUCGGGAAGGGUUCGGAGACCAGAUACCAGCCGAGUCGGAGUGGUGGAAAACCCAUCAUGAUCGUUUGACCCAUGAUUCGGGUCAUGGCCGAUACCUGAGCCCGACGUUGGACGAAGAGGUAAAAUACUUGGAAGGCUCGAAGUCGGACUUUGAAGAGAUGCAGAGCAAUAUUCGAAACCGCAUAAACGAGCUGUCACGUCCUUUUCUGCGAGACUUGACCAUUAUGGAUUUACCCAACGAGCUUCUCCUUGAAAUAUUCAAUCGGUUCCUCUCGCACCACGCCACCCUACUUCGUCAAAGUGUCAGAUCAAUGGAGUUUGGUAAUCCAAACUACCAAGACACUGGCGAACUCAGCGAGAAAGAAGAAGAGGCUCGAGUACGGCUAAAGAAAGUUCAUGAAGAAUAUAUGGUCCGCCUCAAAAACCAGGAGUUGAUGCUGGCGAGCGGAGAACUCCCCCGGAUUGUUGCCUCUGCCAUGGCAAGGAUGCCAGGUGCGCGGAACUUGCAAUUCAGUGAUGAAUACUGCAACUUUACCGGGCAUACACUGGAGCAUCCCACCGCCGAGGUCUGGGAUGCAUUGGGCAUUGUGCUUAGUGGCAUUUGCAUUGACCUACGCGCCACGGGAAUCCCUGGAAGUCUGGUGCUCGCCCCAGAGAUCCGGACAGAGCUCUCGUUGAGUAUGCAGCAGGUGAAGGUUUUCAAGUUUCUGUUCCAUUCCUGGGACCCCUUGGAGCGCGAAGAGGCGAGCGAUCUCAACGAGUUCCUAUUUACCUGUUUGGACACUUCUAGCCUACAGCAUGUCAAGCUCACUAUACAGGCCGGCGAUAAAUCGUCGAGUGCAAUAGAGGUGGGCAAAGUCAUGGGGUCGAGGGCUAGAGAUAAGCUCACUCGCGUCUCCCUUAACGGACCCUCGGUCUACCUGUCCAAGCUAAUAGUCUUCCUCGACGCAUUGCCAGAGUCGAUGACGCACAUCCGACUAACCAAUGUGUACUUGAACAGCGGGACCUGGAGUCAGGUUCUUGAUGAGCUUCGGAAAAAGAAGUAUCAUGAUCAGAAAAAGAUUAUCAUACAUUCCCGAGGCGCAGAGCAUAACUACAGGACAGACCUGUCAAGGAUAUUUGGCAUUGACUAUAUGAUCGAGGAUAGACUGACGGAUGCCGAUCGCUACAUUUUACGUCAAAAGCGACACCAGCGCAACCCCCUGCACAGUAUAGGCUCUUGAGAAGCUCGGCACUGCAUUUGACCCAGCCCUGACGUA